UUCCGGCCAGCUUGACAGGAAAGCGGCAGCGCAGUUUGAUCAGCAGGCGUGAGUCCAUUCAAAUCCGCUGCCGUCCGCUGCUCGGCUCACUCCGGCGCGUCUGGCACACGACGGAGAGCGGCGAGGGGGGGAGACGGAGACGGAGAAGGACGCCUGCUGCACCGACCUCCAGCUACAGACCCAUCUCUGCCAUGGGAAGAGACCGGCAGACUUAAUCACACCGACUGACGCCGUUUUCCCCUCACUGAAGAUGCUCACUGACAUGAUCGUGGAGGAGGAAUUUGAGAUGAAGCAGGAGGAGCCGUGGUACGACAAGCAGGACCUUGAGCAUGACCUGCAUCUGGCAGCCGAGCUGGGCAAAACCCUGCUGGAGCGCAACAGGGAGCUGGAGCAGGGCCUGCAGCAGAUGUACUCCACCAACCAGGAGCAGCUGCAGGAGAUCGAGCACCUGACCAAGCAGGUGGACCUCCUGAGGCAAGUGAACGACCAGCACGCCAAGGUGUACGAGCAGCUGGACGUGUCGGCCAGAGAGCUGGAGCAGAACAACCACAAGCUGGCUCUGGACAACAGGGCUGCCCAGCAGAAGAUCCAGGGGCUGACGGAGACUGUGGAGCUGCUGCAGACGCAGGUGGAGGAGUUGCAGCGUCAGGUGGAGGAGCUGAAGACCAGCCCCUCUCCUCCUGGGAAGCCUCCGCAGAGAGAGACGUGGCAGCCUCGCAGCGCGCAGAGCAUGUCCUGCCUGAAAGAGCUGCAGAACACGCUCAGGCAGUCUGAAGACGAGGCGGAUGAGGCGGACGCGUUCCCGGCGCCCUCUGAGCUGACAUGGCGUGAGGAGGAGCAGGCGUCGCUGCAGCGCUCGCUCCACGCCCUGCAGACCCAGUUCGCCAGCGAGCGAGCUCGGAGGGAGGCGGCGGAGCGAGAGGCCGACCUCCUGGCCCAAGAGAACGCAGCGCUGGAGCAGCAGCUGACCGGGAUGGAGGGCUGUCAGGCUAGAUUAGCUGAGCUGGAGAGUGAGGCGGAGGAGCUGCGUCAGCUCUGGAGAGCAGAGUCCUCCUCUCGAUCGGCGAGGCGGGACGACCCUCGCAGCCUGCUGCCCGACUCGUGUGUGUUCCUGCACACUGAGGAGGAGAGCGAGCCGGAGGUGCCGGCGGCCAAAAGCCUGAAGCGCUGUGAGAGCGAGAAGCUGAUGAUCGUGACGCAGAUGUCCAAUGUCCCCGACAGGCUCUACGACCACGAGCAUUCCUGCGUGCGCCGCGCCGAGGUGGUGAAGUACCGCGGGAUCUCGCUGCUGAACGAGGUCGACGCCCAGUACAGUGCCUUGCAGGUGAAGUACGAAGAGCUCCUGCGGCGCUGCCACCUGGCGGGGCAGGAAAAAGAGCAGGAGGCCCAGAGCCACAAGGCCGUCCAGACCGCCAUGGCAACCUCGCCCCCCUCCGCUUCCUCCAGGCCUCUGUCCCCCGACCCGGCCCAGAUGAUCCAGGACCUGGGAGAUGAGCUCCACCAGCCGGAGUACAAGGCACUUUUCAAGGAGAUUUUCACCUGCAUUCAGAAAACCAAAGAGGGCCUGAUUGAAAACAGGGGGACAUCCCCAGCUGGUGAAAUAGUGCCUCUUUUGCAUUAGUCACUUAAAAAGAAUAAUAAAAAAAAACUGCUGUUGGACAUUUGUAAAAACAUUAAAAGAGCAGAAAUUGUGCACCUAUGGAUCGACAGGCGCGUAGGAGAGGACCAUAGGUGGACGAAGACAAAACAGAAGACUUUUGAAGAGACUUCUCUGAAAUCAAAUUCACAGCAAGGAAGCAAGCUUGUUGUAGAUUACUGUAGACAUUUAAGCCAGUAAAGCGUCCCGGUUAGGAGCCUAGUGUACGUCGUCGGCCCAGGACUGGUGACCACGCCGUCCACAAGGGUUAGAGAGGAAGAGGAGUGAUGCAGGAACUAUGAGAAGGCCAACACCACCAGCUCAUAUGUCCAAUAUGGCUCUUUUUGCACAGCAACACCGGUGCCUAAUGCCGUCUUGACUGUACAAUCACUCUACCUCACUGCUCAAACCAUCGCAAACAAGCUCCUCGCGAAAUCACUUCUGGGAAAGAAGAAUAAUGCAUCAGUAAUUUAUAAGCUGCAUCCAUUAUUUAUUCCAAUGUUUACCUAUGAUAUAAUGUGAACUUAUAUACACCAUUUUUUUGGCAAUUAGAUGAAGUAGCCGACUUUCCUCGGUGAUUGUUUUUUCUGGACCUGUGAGAGCAACCAGUAGAUGAAUAAUCAUCAAAUCUCCAGCUGCAGCUAGAAUCGGUCUAAUUUAUAUAAUUUCACGGUAAAUCAGUUUAUAAUAUUAGAACCAAACCCUGGUGAUUUAUGGUGCUCAAAUAGUGAAUUUUCCGUAGUUGGAACACGUCUUCCUCAAGGUUGCUCAGUCAGUGUAUGAUCGGCUUAGUUGACUGUGACUGAAUGUUGUAGUAAAGGGACAUUCUGAAGUUUACCAAAAUACUAAUUCCCUAUGUAACUUGCUUAUCUAAACAUGUAGCCAUUAGCAGGUAACUUGUGAAGCCAUGUAUCCCCCCCCCCCCCACAUCCUCCUCAGUGCAUUGCUCUUGCUGCCCGUUGUAUGUGCGUAUCAUGUCAUGCUUGGGAACGUGUGCACAGUUCGUAGAUGACCCCUGUAAAAUCACAUUGAGAUGCACUUUAGAAUUGCACAGAGAUUAUCAGCGCUCUUCUGACACUUUAUAUUGCUAUCACGAGUAGUUUUAACUGUGACCGUGCUAUGAAUCAUAAUCUAGACCUAAAUAAUCUGCGAUGUGUAUGUGUUAUGAAGUGUUUUUACCUGUCCACAUGAUUUUGCUACAUGUUCAUUGCUAUUACAGUGAGUCAUAAAACUUAGCAAGCUGAGGCAGCAAAACAGUGUCUUUGUUCUGCUUAAUCUUUAAGACGGGUUGUAAGUUUUUUUUUUUCUUAUUAGGUCAGUAAAUGGGUGACUCUUGGACCGCACUAAUCACUGAUAACCCUUUGAGAAAUUAUGUAACGUUUAUCUCAUCUGACGUUAUAAAAAAAACGACUGACGGCAGCUGUCCAGAUGCAGCGCAUCAGCCGUGCUUAAAAAUAAAACCGACCAGAGAAUUGUUAACUUUUGAAAGAAGAGAAGAUGAAACUUCAGUGAUCGCUUUUAGGAUACAUGAGGGGAAAAAUAGAAUCUCAAGGAUAAAAAUAGAAUGUAAAUAAAGCUGGGGUAAUGCUCUGUAAACAAAUUUGACUUUACAUAUAAGUGGGAGGUAAGAGUUGAGAUUAUAGCAUUGUGUAGGUCAAAAAUGUAGCCCAAGUUAGAGAAAUUGUAAUUUAUUUGUUAUACUGAUUGUUCGAUGCAUAAUUUAUCAUUGCCUGAAGGAUCUUGCAGUUUGCAGUUGCUUUUCUCAGACUGGAUUCAUGUGGAGGCUAAAGAAAUCAGUUUUUUUUUUCUUUUGCAGAACAGAUGUGGAAUUUUCAUGGCUAUUUUAAUAGAAAAUUCCUGAUUUGCCAUGAAUUUGCCUACCUUUACAAAGUAAAUCUGUUUCAGUGAUAUCCCUCAUGCUCCCUAAUACCCACGUUAUUAAUAUCUGAUCCCAAAAACAGGUCUCCCUGAGAAAAAUCAGGUAUGUGCUAUAUCUGAUGAGAAAAAUCACAUUUUCUGGGUGCAUGUGUAUCUGGUUAAUGACACAGAGCUCCACUUACUGGCCUGGACUUUAUGGGUUGAAGAAAAAAAAUAAAACACACCAGAAAAGUUA